GACGUAUUUACUCAAAAAGCCCGGAGAUUUUGAAAUGCAACACAGUCGGUGCUAUGGUGUCGUUCUGUUUGAUUACACUAUCAGCAGGCGUUUAUAAAUUAUAUAAAUUAUAUAAUCGGUGACUAAGGAGGUGAACGAUAUGGCAACGAAGAGACUGGCGAAGGAACUCGGAUUAAUAAGAAAAUCCAGACGAGCCAUGCACGGAAGUGUAAAUGCUCAGAUAGGUGAUAUAGGACAGCUCUUUUCGUAUCUAAUUGUCAUUGACUUUGAAUCUACUUGCUGGCAAGAGAGAAAAAAUUAUGCCCAAGAGAUAAUCGAAUUUCCAGCUGUCCUUCUGAAUACCUCAAAUGGAAAGACUGAGGCAGAAUUUCAUACUUAUGUCCAACCACAGGAGCAUCCUACAUUGUCUGAGUUUUGCACAGAGCUCACUGGAAUCAGACAGACACAGGUGGAAGCUGGAGUCCCUCUCCAGGUUUGCCUGUCUCAGUUUGCACGCUGGCUUCAGACGUUACAGCAGGGAAAGAACUUGGCGUUCCUCAAACACAACAUCCCUGCUCCUGCUCUUAAUCCGUGUGCAUUCGUCACAUGGUCUGACUGGGACUUGGGUGUUUGUCUGGAGUAUGAGUGCAAACGAAAACAAAUCUUCAAACCUGAGAUGUUAAAUAGAUGGAUUGAUCUUAGAGCCACGUAUAAGGUCUUUUAUAAUCGAAAACCAAAAGGACUCAAUGGAGCUUUACAAGACCUAGGGAUCGUAUUUUCUGGGCGUGAACAUUCGGGUUUGGAUGACGCCCGCAAUACUGCCCAUCUGGCAUGGAGAAUGAUAACCGAUGGUUGCGUCUUGAAACUUACAAAGACUCUUGACAGGGCACCGCUGAAAACAAAGCCUGUAGUACAGAAUCCUCUGAAGACGAAUACCUCUGGCAAUGGGUGUAAAAAGGCUGAGAUUGAUUGGGGGGUUGCUAAAAGCACUCUUAAGCACCAAAGGUCUGGACAUACAGAAAAAGAAAACAAGAGCAUUCCUGAAGUUAACUUGAAUACUGCAGCCUGUCAGAGUUUGGUGACACCAAGGACUCUUCUUGGAGGGUUGACCAGUCCACUUGUACAAAGGCAAGAACAGGUGCAAGAAUCUCUUGGGUGCUUUUCAUUUGCUAGAUCAUCUGUUUCCAUAAAUUCCCUCUCAGACACGAGUUCCAGCGUGUCGCUGGUCUCCACCACUGUUGAUAGUAUAAAUGUUGCUCAGUCCAGUGGGGCUGCUGAAUCUACUGCAUCAAAUUUGGAAUGGGAAGUGUGUCAAUUAUUUCCAGAAACCGAGGAGUCAUGCUCCUAUGAUGAUGUAAUACUGGAAGACAGAGAAUUUGGCCCUACAUCUGCGGCUGCUUUGGAUGACACUCGCAGCAUAACCCUGAAAGCUGUUCUUUCUCCAGUAUGUGCAAGUAAUUCAAAUCAAAUACUGUUCAAAAAUUCAAACACAACAGUAUAUUCAGUUGAAAAACCAAGUCCACAUUCUACUUCUAGUGCUUUUAAAAUUCCUACAUCCAGCCCCAAAAUCAAAAGAGACACCAGCAUGUCUCAUCCAAAUGCAUCAGUGUUGAGGUAUCCCAAGGCUCUCUCUGUGCUGGAAACGUCAAGAAAACCUUCCGAAAUGGACAUGACUGCAUGCAGAGAUUCCCAUGCUUCAUACACAGAUGAAUCGCAUCUUUCCAGCAAGUCCAGACUGUCAUCAGGUAGUUCAGCCUCUUUGUUUUUUAACAGAACAUCACUUCCUAAUGCACGUACUGCGGUGAAGGCCGGCAGGAGCGGCACGGCUCCGCUGUGCCACUGCGGCCGCAGGGCUAGACGGCUAACCGUGGCAAACGGGGGGCCCAACCACGGCCGGGUUUUCUACAGCUGCCCCAUCGGGAGAAAUGCCACUGGGAACAAAAGAAACUGUGGCUUCUUCCAGUGGGAGUCUGCUCAUCUCAAAGCUGUCUCAGCCUCCACAUCCCAGUGCUUUGAUAGAUCCUCCACAUCCCUGCACUUUGAUAGAUCCUCCACAUCCCUGCACUUUGAUAGAUCCUCCACAUCCCUGCGCUUUGACAGAUCUGCCAGCUCGUCCCUGUCUGAGAGAACUUUCUCCAAUGGCAGCUUGAACCCAUUUAAGAAAUUCUUUGGGACCUCCUUAAGACAUUAGCUGUGAGUAGAUCAACUUGUCAAAACACAUGAAAGUCAAGCAUG